CACACAUUUUUACCAUUAAAGAAAAAAACCACUUUAUGAAUUAACCAACAUUUACUCGCUGUAAAAAAAAAACAUGGCCUCCAUGCAAAACCAACCCGAGGAAUCAACCGCCAUACUCAUUCCGCCGUCUCCAAACACCCCGUUGUUGGGCGGCGGCCCAAGGCGGCGCAGCCGAUCCAAGGCCGCCGUCGCCGCCAUGGCCGUGUCGGCGAUUCUCGCCGCGGCAGUGCUUCUUGCGACGGUGCCGCGUAGCAUUGGCGGGAAGGGGAAGACCGACGACACCCUUUCGUCUCCGCAUUUGCCGAAUGCGACGGCGGUUUUAUCGGCCGGGCCGGCGGUGGCGCGUGGGUUCAGAGAAGGAGUGUCGAACAAGUCGUUCGGCCCGCCGCCGGGGGAUGAUGGGCCGUUCACGUGGACGGAGGAAAUGCUGAGCUGGCAGAGAAGUUCCUUCCAUUUCCAACCCAAGAAAAACUGGAUGAACGGUCCAUUAUUUUAUAAGGGGUGGUAUCAUCUUUUUUACCAGUACAAUCCGGAAUCGGCAAUAUGGGGCAACAUCGUAUGGGGCCAUGCGGUCUCGAGAGACUUGAUUCACUGGGACCACCUCCCCAUAGCGAUGGUGCCCGACCAUUGGUACGACGCCAAUGGCGUAUGGACGGGGUCGGCCACCAUCCUCCAUGAUGGCCAAAUCGUCAUGCUCUACACGGGGGCCACGUACGAUCUGGUCCAGGUACAGAACCUGGCCUACCCUGCUGACCCAUCUGACCCUCUCCUGGUCAAAUGGGUCAAGUACGAGGGCAAUCCAGUCCUCGUCCCGCCUCCUGGGAUCGGGUCUCGGGAUUUCCGAGACCCCACCACUGCGUGGUACACGAUGGACGACGGCAAGUGGCACAUCAUGAUCGGUUCGAAGCUCAACAAAACCGGGAUCACCAUGAUCUUCGACACCGAGGACUUCAGGAGCUUCAAGCUCGUAAACGGGUUGGCCCACGGGGUCUCGGGUACGGGCAUGUGGGAGUGCGUGGACUUUUACCCGGUUUCGACCACGGGCGAGAACGGGCUGGAUAGCUCCUAUAAUGGGCCGGACAUGAAGCACGUCUUGAAGACGAGUCUCGAUGACGACCGAAAUGACUAUUAUGCCCUCGGCACGUAUGAUGAGGGGGCUCAGAAAUGGAGGCCCGACGACCCGGGUCUGGAUGCGGGAAUCGGGUUAAGAUACGAUUACGGCACCUACUACGCCUCCAAAUCCUUCUAUGAUCAAGAAAAGAAGAGAAGAGUCAAUUGGGGUUGGAUUUAUGAAAUUGAUAGUGUUACUUCUGACUUGCAAAAGGGGUGGGCUUCCCUCCAGGCAAUUCCAAGAACCAUAUUGUUUGAUAAUAAAACGGGUACAAAUUUGAGACAAUGGCCCGUGGAAGAGGUCGAUUUGCUAAGAAGCCACAGGUCCAAAUAUCAGAAGGUUGAGCUCAAACCCGGUUCGGUUGUUGAAUUGGACGUGGGCUAUGCCAAUGAGUUGGACAUUGUUGCGGAGUUUGAAGUAGACGAAGAGGCGUUGGAAAAAGCGGAAAGCAACCACGUACCUUACAGUUGUAGGGCAGCCGGAGGCGGGGCCGCCCUACGAGGUGCCUUAGGGCCAUUCGGCCUACUGGUUUUGGCGAACCAUCAGUACUCCGAGCAGACUCCCAUCUACUUCUACAUUGCAAAAGGUGCAAAAGGAAAGUUCAAAACUUUUUUCUGCGCUGAUCAUUUGAGAUCAUCCCUAGCAACGGACGUACGAAAGACAACCUAUGGUAGCACGGUUCCCGUGCUUGACGGUGAAAGACUCUCCAUGAGAAUAUUGGUGGAUCAUUCAAUAGUGGAGAGCUUUGCCCAAGGGGGGAGAACAUGCAUCACUUCAAGAGUGUACCCAACAAGGGCUAUUGGUUCCGCUGCUAAGCUCUAUCUGUUCAACAACGCCACGGAGGCCGCCGUGACGGCAUCGUUGGAAAUCUGGCAAAUGGCCGCCGGAAAGGACGACUCCGCCGCUCACAAGCCCAAAUGGAGGACCUCCUCCUCCGCCGCCGCCAUUCUACUUGUCUUCAUGAUCUUUUUCUUGUAGUCUCAUUUGUUCCUAAUCCAUCUUAUAAUUAAGGGACAGGAGGGAAAUAAUUAAUUACCUCGUUGAUUAACUUAUGCAAAAAUCAAAAUGGUGUUCUUCCCUAUUACUUAUUCGAUUAUUAGGUCAGAUUAGAAAAUUUAAAUAUAAUUACAAUCAGAUGAGAUAAAGAAUUAAUCGAAUGAGAUGAGUACCGUACCAAUCAUAUAAGUUGAAGAGAAUAAAUAUUACUCUUUUUG